CGAAGGUCCAGAUGUUGAAAUGGAGGGAAGGAGUGGAGGAAAAUUCAAAAUGCCUCACAUGAAAAUGCCCAACAUUGACAUCUCUCUGCCCAAAGGAAAGAUCGAAGGUCCAGAAGUUGAAAUAGAGGGUGGCACAGGAGGAAAGUUCAAAAUGCCUCACAUGAAAAUGCCAGAUGUUGACAUCUCUCUGCCCAAAGGAAAAAUUGAAGGUCCAAAUGUUGAAAUAGAGGGAGGCACAGGAGGAAAAUUCAAAAUGCCUCACAUGAAAAUGCCAGACAUCGACAUCUCUCUGCCCAAAGGAAAGAUUGAAAGUCCAGAUGUUGACAUCUCUCUAUCAAAAGGAGAGAUUGAAGGUCCAGAGGUGGAGCUCAAAGGAGAGGGUGGAAAAUUCAAAAUGCCUCAAAUGAAAAUGCCAGAUGUUGACAUCUCUCUGCCCAAAGGAAAGAUUGAAGGUCCAGAUGUUGACAUUUCUCUGCCCAAAGGAAAGAUCGGAGGUCCAGAAGCUGAAAUAGAGGGAAGUAGGGGUGGAAAAUUUAAAAUGCCCCACAUGAAAAUGCCAAAUGUUGACAUCUCUCUGCCAAAAGGAAAGAUUGAAGGUCAAGAGGUGGAGCUCAAAGGAGAAGGUGGAAAAUUUACGAUGCCACACCUCAGCAUGCCCUCUGUUGAUAUUUCACUGCCCAAACCAAGGUUUGAAGGUCCAGAUGUUGAAAUGGAGGGAGGUACUGAGGGAAAGCUCAAAAUGCCACAUUGGAAAAUGCCAGAUUUUGACAUCUCUCUGCCUAAAGGAAAACUUGAAGGCCCAGAGGUUGAAAUAGAGGCAGGUUCGGGAGAGAAAUACAAAAUGCCUCAUAUUAAAAUGCCACAUGUUGAUAUAUCUCUACCAGAAGGAAAAUCUGGUAUAAUUGAAGGAGCAGAGUUUGAGAUUGAGGGAAGCAAACCUAAAAUACCACACAUGACAAUGCCCUCAAUAGAUAUUUCACUGCCAAAAGGAAAGAUUGAAGGUCCUGCAGUUGAAAUUAAGGGUGAGGGAGGAAAGUUCAAGAUGCCAAAAGUUGACAUAUCUCUUCCUAAAGGAAAACCUUUAAUUGAAGGUCAAGAGGUAGAGAUUAAGGGAGAUCGGGGCCAGUUCAAGAUGCCUAAUGUGGGCAUAUCUAUCCCUAAAGGAAAAACAACCGUUGAGGCGGGAGGGAAAAUUAAAGUGCCACAAGAAGAAGCUGAUGUGCAUGUUGAGGGAGAGCGCAAAGGUCCCAAACUCAAGAUGCCAACAACAGACAUUAAAGGUCCAAAAGGAGACCUGGAGCUUGAUAUAGGACUUCAUAGAGGAGAUGGCAAGAAGAACAGGCAAAAAGUUGAGCUACCUGACUUGGAUCUCAACACAGCGGGAACCAGCAGCAAAGUAAAGGGGCCUAAAGUCAAAGGAACAAAAUUCAAGAUUGGCAUGCCAAAAAAGAAAACUGGUAUAGAUGUAACAGCAGAAGCAAAAAUAUGCAAAAACUGUGGUGAUGAGGAGUUAGGUGGUCAGGACAAACACAGAUGCAAGGGUAAAGAAAGAUUUGAGUACAAGGUUGAAGUUGAAACCCAUGACAGACAUAGAGAGAACAAAGAUCGUAUUAACAUCCCAGUGUCAGAGGUUACAUUACCAAGUGUUGGUCUUAAAACCAAACAAAGCUCAGCUGAAUUAGGAACAGGGGGUGAGUCUGGCCUCUCCUCAUCUGGAGCAGAAAUCAAAGUCCCGAAGAUUCCAGACAUAGAGUUUGAUAUUGGUACAUCACAGAACGAAGAUGAGGACAGAACUGAAAAAGGCAAGAAAAUCAAAAUUCCUAAGUUUGGUGUCCCGUUACCCUCCAUCUCCUCUCCGGAGGGAAGAGUAGAUAUCUAUGGGCCAGAAAUUCAGUAUGAGGGCCCUAAAAUGCCCAAAGUAAAGAAAGCUGUCUUUGUCUUGGUAAAUCCACCUCAAACAGAUGAGGCCACUGCAUGCACAGGCCUCCCGGAAGAGGAGACAACAUAUAUGGCUGAAAAAGAGGAUGUCAAAAUGAAGAUGCCCAAAAUCAAAAUGAAGCCAAGUUUUGGGAAGUCCAAAGAUAAAUCAGCUGCUGUAAUCACAGAGAGUGAAUUAGAGGGAGAACAGACAGGAGGGAAGACGAAAAUGCCCAAAGUGUCAUUUUCUCCUGGCAAAUCAGGGUCGUUUGAUGUCACUCUAAAGGGUGAAGGUUCAAGUUCAAGUCUCAAUGGCGAAAAAGAUGCAAGUCUUCACAAGGGCUCCAAGGAUGAUAAAGGGACAUUCAGUGGCAAAAUCAAGCUUCCAAAGGUGGAGUUAACAUCUCCAUAUGGCAAAAUGGAGGACACAGGGUUGAGUGUGAAACUGGGAAAGGAUUCAUCACCAGGUGAAGCAGAGGGGGACACUAAAGGGUUUAAAAAAUCAGGCAAGAUGGCCGCCACUGGUGUUAGUGAGGAGUUCUCAAAGGAUGUGGUGUCAUCUCAUGCCAGAACAGAUAUGCUGGACAGGGACAGCUCAGAGUCCCCCGCUAGUUUUACCAUGGAGUUCAGUUCUGCAAAGGUCCAGGCUUGGAGAGAGGUCGACAGCCAAAGCAGGGAGUCUGAAGAAAGAGAAUCUUCCUCCUGGUUCAAGGUCCCUAAGUUCUCCCUGAAGCCACACUCCACAGGUUUCCUCCAGAUAACCCCAGAAGGUUCUCCUCAGGCCCAGCGGAAGGGGGAGGUAGGAGGUGAGGUUGACGUCUCGGGGUCUUUCUGCCUCCACACCUCAGGGCUUGACCUCUCUACCCAGGAAAUGUCCGAAGAGCAACAAGUCUCCUCCACCCAGGAGAGAACUGUCACCACGGUGACCAAGACCACCAGAAUUACCCGACACAUAGUAACCACUGAAGCGCAAACAGGUGAAUCUUCGCCAACCACGACAACAACUCACCAGGUGUCUGACUUCAAUUACUGAAGAUGCUGUAAUGAUAUCUUAAAUGUCUUUUAACCUUUUUGUUUUUCUUUGGUGAGGUUGCAGUGUUCUUGUAUGCUAAGCUUGCAACAUGGCAAACCUCAAUUAAGUAAAAGUCUUUAUUUUAUAUUUUAAUAGAUGAGGUAUGAAUGUGAUGCAAAAGAAUGACUUUUUAUCUAUUAGCAUCAUCGUCAUUAUAAAAGCAACAGAGUAAUAUAUGCUUCCCUUUUUUUUCCAUUUUAAAUGUGACUAUUUUUGUUACUGUUAUUUGAGUUUUGUUAGUUUAGUCCUAAUUAUUUAUCAGAUUUUGUUUGGUUUAAAAGUUUUCACUCUGAAUGUAAACAUGUCACAUUACUUUAUUAUUUAUUGUUUGUGUGUUCAAAUUGCAUUGGAAAUGAGUCAUUUAGUUGCAUUAGCAUCAUGGAUUUGACCAUGAUUAGUUCAAAAUAAUACAUUUUGAACCGUUACAGUGCAGGCCAGAGUAAUAUUCAUGUAAAUACAACUAUAUCAUAGCUUUUUUUGAAGCAGUAUCCCUUUAAUCCGAAAUGUAGUUAUUUUCAUAUUCACCAGAGUCAGGAGUAGAAAUGAUAUUUUUUGACCUGUGUUUGUCUUGAAGGAAAAGUGUGAGCUUUUUGAGAUUAUAGGUUAUUCUCAUUUUCUGCCAUAGUUUUAUAUUUUAAGCAUUUAGCUGGUGCUGUUACCCAGAGAUAGUCACAGUGAGUGAGCAGGAUACUCUGGACUCUUUUUUUUUGCUGUGGGGAUCAAAUCUGUGACCCUCUGGUUACAGGUUGCUCUCAAACAUUUACUGUAGCCCACCCUGCUGCUAAUCUAUUUUAUAUUUGUUUUUACUGUACACUGCCAGAAGAAGACACCGCUGUAUAUUCUGUGAUUGGGGCUUUAGCUUCAAGACACAACUCCUGACUGAAUUUUUGAAACUCAGCUGUGAAGUAUGUUGAGUUUCAAAACAUCAGCAGAGUGCUGGGAGGAAAUUUGUGGAUUGAGGGGUAUUGUUGGGUGCUUACAUGAAAUCAGGGAGAGGAGUUUUAAAGGUAAAACAUUUUCUCUUGAAACAUAGCCCUCUAAAAUGUUACUAUCAGGCUGCUACAAUGACAGACUGGCUCAGGAGUGGUGAGCCUCAAUAUUGUACAAAAGCCAACACGUAACAAAAUAUGCACUCUGAAAACCGAAGAGAGGAGCUCAAGAACAAGAGGACAAAGGCACCUUCUGAUUAAAAUGUCUUUGAUAAUCUGACAUUCUUGUGUUUAUUGUAUGAAUAUUACUGAUGAUGUUACAAAAUAAUGUUAGAUGCCAAAAUGUCAGAUUGAUAAAAGCAUUUUUAUUAAGUGCCUUUACCCCUUAUUUUUCAAAAAGUGUGUCCUCCAUUUAAAGUAUAAACUGCUUUGAAAUGGAGGGAGAAAAGCCUCUUGCUGUAUUUCAGAUAUUUAUUUUGUUGUCUCUACAUUGAGACAUUUAAGUUUCAUUCCCAAAUGCAGAACCUAUCAUUUGAGAAAAAAACAUUUCUGGUAUUAAAUGAAAACAUACUUUUUAAAACUACUGAUGCUAUACAUUACUCUUAGCCAUUACGAUUACCAUUUCACAGAUUACAAUCAUCUACUUUUUCAAAAUAAUGAGCUACUUUUCAAGUGGAAGUAAAGCAUUUAAGAAUGGAGACUUUUAACUAAACUUGGUUUACUUUACUUGGUUGGUAGACAGAAUGACAACGUGUCAUAAAAUGCAUGAAGGAAUCCUGACAAAUCUUCUCCCACACUUUUUCCAUUAACAACUUUAACACUAUGCCUGUUUUAAAGGAACGAUAUAGACAAUAGAUUUCUAAAAAGCCGAGAAGAGAUAGUGACACGUUAUGGUAACACACGCUGAGUAGCAUCUAUGUGUAUUGAGAUUUUUACCUUUCUAUUUUAAUCAAGUCUUCGAAUUUCUUUUCGAUUAUAAGGGUUUCAGUGCCAAGUGUUUUUGUCAAAGCUGCAAUGGAGAGAAUGUUGGUUACAAUGUUACAUCAAUAAAAUAAUAUU